AUGGUUGGUAAAAUGGUUGACAAUAGAGUGAAGCCAGGUAACAUGUUGUUGGCAUUGAAGGAUGCCAACCCUCAGAAUGUGACUACCAUAUGGCAAGUGUACAAUGAGCGGAUGGCACACAUUAGGGCCAAGAGGGGACAAUUGUCAGAGAUGCAUCACUUGAUGAGGUUGUUGGAGGAAGACAGCACGUACAAGACCAACAAGUAUAUGAUACCAUUGUUGGAGAUGGUUGGCAUGACAUCAGUUGGAUUCACAUACACAAUCGGUUUUGGCUACAUGUGCAAUGAACGUGAACCUGAAGUUAUAUGGGCACUUGAAAAACUAAGGGAGUUGCUACUUAGAGAAGAUGACAUGCCUAAAGUCAUGGUUACUGACAAAGACACUACUUUGAUGAACGCAGUUACAACCACAUUCCCUACAUCAGCUCACAUGCUAUGCCAAUUCCAUACUAAGUGUGUGAAGGCAAAGUGCAAGCUCACUAUCCAAGACAAGGAGAUGUGGGAUAAUGUCGGGGACGCAUGGAAUAGAAUCAUGUAUUCCGAGUCAGCGGAGGAGUUUAAUGCAGGCAUGGACUUCUUACGUUCACUUGUUGGGGAGCACUCUAACCUCAUGAAUUAUUUUAAGGAAGUUUGGUUGUCGUUUAAGCACAAGUUUGUGAAGUAUGCGAUUGACCGUUACAUGCACAUGGGUAAGACAACUACUAACAGGGUUGAAGGUGCACACGCAAAACUGAAAGCGUGCAUCAAAGAUAGCAAGAGUGACAUGUGUGCGGCUUGGGCAGCUAUACAUAGGUGCACACUUCUCCAGCAUACAAGGAUUAAUGCUGCUUUUCAGGCAAGUAUCUUCAUUAGAGAGCAUACGUUUAAGGACACGUUGCACGACAACCUGCGUGGUGUAGUCUCAAGAUAUGCCCUCAUGUUGAUCGCAAAGGAGAAAGCGCGCGUUGGAAAAUGCGGUUGCACUCUCAGGAGGACACAUGGCCUGCCUUGUUCAUGUCGCCUUGGUAUGAUGACCGCUAUUCCAUUGACAACAGUAGACCAACAUUGGAGGAUGCUUACAUCAACAUCUGCACCUGAUGAAUCCCAACCUGUUUUGGGAUUGAGCAUUGUGACAGAGUUAGAGGUCAUUGCAAAGAUGUUUGAAGAAGCUAAUGUUUCGAGAAGACAAACUAUCAAAGAGAGGCUUCGGGAGAUUGCAUACCCAGAUCAGACUUCUAUGUGUCCUCCUCCAAACAAGUUGCCUACAAGGGGUCGGCCCAAUGAACCUAAGGGUUCUACCAGACGCAUUCCUUGUUCUUGGGAGAAUGUUGAUGCAUUACAAGGGUCAAAGCAAGCUAGCAACUCAUUAGCUCCACAAGGCAAGGGGCGUAAGACCCGGUCAGCAAAAUGGAAGAGCAUUCCUUCGAAGCAAUCUGCACCUAAGAAGAGAAGCAAGAGGAUAGCAAGCAAGUCAACUCAGCUCCUGCCACAGCACCCGAAAGGCAAAGUUUACUCGGCCAACUACAUCCAUGAUGGAGAACAAAAUUGGCGUCAAGUCCGAGAAGACAUGAUAAAGGAGCUUACAUUACCGCAAGGUGUUUAUCAUGGUAUGUAUGGCACCGACGCACAUUACGAAAAAGUACUACAAGCCUUGCAUCUUGCUCCAAUUGAGUUUGCAACGGAGGAGGAGUGGUUAUGCGUGCUGGAUAUGGGCCACAUUGUUGCUACAAUGUACCAGAUACUUAACAAUAUAAUUGAUCAUUUUGUUGGUGCUUAUUUCAACUGGCUUUCAUUUGCCAACGUUUCUGUUUCUGUUUCUGUCAAGUUUCUGCAAAACCUCGCACUAUGGAACUGCGUGACCAACGCACUCUCAGUGUGCGAUGGCAACGCCUUUAAAAAGAGCGACUCAUAUCACGCACUUUGUAACGGCGUGACUAACGCACUUCACUAA